AAAUAUGUCUUAAUUCCCGUUGUUAUUAAGGACGUAACUGUAACAAAAUGGAGGAUUUGCACUCGUGUAGCUGCUGCCUGGUGCGCCCUCCGGAAAAGGGGCUCAAAACACUGUAUAAACACCUCGGCAGAACAGAGAUAUAUUACGACAUGCUUCGAGACUGCUUCGAUAUUAAUCUAAGCUUAGGAAACGAUGAGUGCGGGAUCUGCGAGGUGUGCGUGGGGCGGCUGCGGAACGCAAGCGACUUCAAGCUGCAAGUGCAGCGCAGCCAGGCCGAGCUGCGCGCGCGGCUCAAGGGAGUGCUCACUGCCAGUGACAAGUUGAAAAUCAAGCUAGAAAAAGCUUCUGGAGACGUCGCCAUAAUUCCUGGUGAAGUCAAGCUGGAAAAGUCCGAGGUGGAGAUGGCUGAUGGUGAGGUCGUAUCAGUGGCAAUAUACGGCGGGCCGCCAGCGCCCUCAGCCCAGCCCGUGCCCACCGCGUCACGCAUCUCCUUCAAGCCGGCGCCCACCGUCACCAACCUAGACGACUCCGACCCCACCCCGACCCCCAACCGCGGCACCAUACACACCUGCGACAUAUGCCACAAGUCGUUCGACCACCAAGCCCGUCUAAAGGUCCACAGGCGGUCUCACACUGGAGAAAAACCUUACUCGUGCAAAGUAUGCAACAAAAAAUUCGCACAAAAGAGCAACUUAAACGCUCAUUUCGCAUACCACAUGGGAGACUACAAAUUUUCCUGCGACUUAUGCGACACGCGAUUCACCCAAAAGUCUCACUGGGUUAAACAUAUGCUUAUACACACUGGCGAGAAACCGUAUGCGUGUGAUAUAUGCAAUAAGAAAUUUAGACAAAAAGGGAAUUUAAAUGUUCACAAAAAAAUUCAUUUGAAAAAUGAUAUAGAGCCUGGAGAAAUAACUGCGUAUAAGAGAGAGUCAGAUGAAUUUAAAGAUCGAGUACACGCUGAAUUUUUCACAUGUGAUAUAUGCAAAAAACAAUUUGCAGAAAAAAGCAACUUGAACGCACAUUUAAAAAAUCACUCUGGAGAUUAUCCAUUCACUUGCGAAAUCUGCGAAAGGAGGUUUAAUACACAGUCUGGCUUGGACGUUCAUAAAUUUGAUCACACGGGAGGGAAACCUUUUUCAUGUGAUGAAUGCAAUAAACAGUAUACAACAAAAAGUGCUUUAAGACUUCACUCAAGAAUUCACACCGGAGAUUAUAGGUACGCAUGUGACGUAUGCAGCAAACGAUUCAUACAAAAAGAGGUCUUAAGGCAACACAUGCGCGUGCAUACAGGUGAGAAACCUUACACCUGUGAGAUAUGCCAAAGAAAGUUUCCAUAUAGAUGUGGCUUAAAGAGUCAUUUGUUAGUUAUACAUAAUCAAGUCAUGAACAACCCCACUAAACCUAUUCCGACCUAUAUAUGUGAACACUGCAACAAGCAAUUCUCAAAUAAACCCGCAUUAAAAAGACAUGUACUAACACACACUGUCGGAAAACAAUUUUGCUGCGAUGUUUGUGGCAAACGUUUCGCCAUAAAGAGAACUUUAGUUAGACACAUGGAUAAACACGCCCAGAAGAAAGACGGAGAGAAGGAACCGGAAGACCCAAAACCAUAUAUGUGUGAAAUAUGCAGCAAACGGUUCUCACUAAAGAGCACCUUAAGAAACCAUAGAGAAAUACAUAAUGAAGAAAGGCCUUUUGAGUGCGAAGUGUGUCACAAGAAAUUCAGAAUGAAGAAGUGUUUGCAAGACCAUAUGAAAGUACAUGAGGACUUUAAACAACAUUCAUGUGAAGUGUGCGGCCAGCAAUUCAGACAUAAGUCUGCCUUGACGGUUCAUAUCAGACGAAUGCACUCGGAAAACAGACCACAUAUUUGCGAUGUUUGUAAGAAGGCUUAUCCAGUUCUUGCCGAGUUAAAAGCGCAUUAUCGGGUACACACCGGUGAGAGACCGUAUGCUUGCGAAGUAUGCUACAAGAAAUUCCCACGACAUGAUGGGGUCCGCAGACAUCUUAUACGAGUUCAUAAUGAGAAACCAUCUAAAUACAUUAAAUUGAAAGAAUUUAAUAAUCCUAACUGAAUUUAAAGAUCAUUAUUAUGUUUACACUUGUGAAAUG